AUGAUGCUGCCUGGCCCUGCUGAGCACUUGGCCAUGCAGGCUGCCCCCAUGGAUCUGCGCGCCCUUCUAGCUGAGCUGCGAGCAUCGGAGGCAGCAGUGCCUCCGUGGAAGGAAGCAUGGCCGCACAAGGAUGUUGCCGCCGUCUCUGCUGCAGACCUGCAGGAGCGGCUGGCACUGUUGGAAGAAAGGCAUGCGGCGCUGAUGGCUGCCGCUGCCGCAGAGAUCGCCGAGCUCAGAAACCGCCUCCAGGAGGCACAUGCCCAGCUAGCAGAGCAAGCCGUUCAGAAGCACCUCAGUGGCGAGGACGGCGUUGCGAAGGACAUGUGCCUGCCGGCACCUGUUCAGGCUUCUCGAUCCGAACGCGCCCUGCCUCAGCAGCUGCUCCUGAAAUGGAUGAGCCUAGCCACGCCCUUGCGCGCCGUUUUCCGUGCUUGGGCCCGGCGAAGAUCGCCGAGGUAUAGCCGGCUGGCUGCUGUAUGGGCCGAAGGUCUGUCGCAGGGUGCAAUUCGGCACGCCUGGCGCUGCUGGCAGCUGGCGCUGACAGAGGCAAAGAGCACAGCGGCGCUGGCAGAGAGGCAGAGAGCUUGGGAGAUGGAUGUGGAACUAGCGCGGCUCCGGCCCAUUCCACGUGCGCUGCUCAGUGCAUGGCGUGAUGCUUCGGAGGAGCAGCUGCUCGGGCAUUACCUCAGGCUGUGGCGAGAGCAGGCCAGCGACGCGGCAAAGGCCCGCUUCGGAUCCGAGCUGCUGUCGCUUCGCUCCGGCAACGAAGCCACCUCUAGGCGCGCCCUGCGCGCUGAGGCAUCAGUGGAGGGACUGGGUCGGCGAGCUCUCCGUGUCACAAUGCAGCACCGUCUCGGCAAGCUACUGCUUCGUUGGCGCCAUCAGGCCGCGAAAGCUGCUGCCAAACGCACUGCCUUCGACAUCGGUCAGCGCCACGCCGCCCAGCGGCGUGCGCGGAAAGCGCUUUGGGCCUGGUGGUCGACUGGCCUCCAACGCCGGGCGGAGGAGAGUUCCAGGCUUUGUGAGGCGCAAAGCAAGCGGCUGCUGCAGCUGCUGCGGACAACUGAAGCAGUACGCGAGUACAACCAGCGCAUGGUCAAAAUGGCCGUGAUGGAGGUGUGGUGCCAGACGCUGCCGGGAACAUCUGCAGCAAGGGCUAAGCACCGAAGCGGAGCUGGUCUGCGGCUGUUCACCUGA